AUGGCAGAAACGUCGCUUGAUGUCACGAGCUCACAACCUAUAGCUUCGGAGCCUUCCCGCGAGAUCCAGCUUCGAUAUGAAGUAGCUGCAUCAACCUUCAAAACCCUUUGCGAGAUCAAACCGAAUCCUGCUACAUACGAUAUUCUCAGGAAAGCAUGCUCUGCCACCGAGUUCAACUCUUUCCCGAUCAACAAGGGCGAGGCUGCCUUCUUUCGAGCAAUCAACGACAGUACUGGCAUACCUUACCAGGUUAAAGAAUUCAUAUCUCAGCCAUGGCACAAGGUCUUUCUUUUUGUCCAGGUCGAUCUUUUGAAGACUGGCUGGCCCAACAAACUCUCAGGACCUGCUCGACAAACCCUUCACAAGGAACUUGGCCGCAUGUACAAGCUUCUCGACCGCGUAUUGAGAUGCCUAGUCGAUAUACUCGGAGAUAGGGGUGAUGGGAAGGGAGUCCGAACAGCUCUCGACGUACUCAGAAGCGUCAAGGCUGGUGUUUGGGAGAAAAGCGAUAACCAGCUCCUGCAAGUCGAGGGCAUUGGGCAAGCAAAGAGAGACAAGCUUGUCAGAGCAAACAUCAAGAGCAUCAAGGAGUUGUCCACGAUCCAAUUCUACCACAUCGAACGCAUCCUCAGUCGAAACCCGCCCUAUGGUCAGUCAGUACUACACAAAGUGGCUGGAUUUCCUGUUCUCACACUCGAUUUCGAGAUUAUCAGCCAAUACAUUCCUGACACUGCAGCACCCUUGCAAACCUCAUUAGCCCUAUGCGAGACCAAUCAAUCUUCAGUCAACAAACCGGUAACCAGUCAAUCGCUCUGGAUUGCUCGUGUUAUUCUUGGGUUCGCUAAUGAAAAGAUACCUCAUUGGAAGGCUCGCACACCAUGGCUCACAUUGGUGGUUGAGGGAGGCGACGGACGACUUGUCUGGUUCUGGCGGGGAAGUGCCAAAAAGCUAGUCGACAGCAAAGAAUUGGUGAUCGGGUUGAGUGCAAAGAGUGGUGAACAAUUGAAGGUUACUUUCGCAUGUGAGGAGAUUGUUGGGACCAUGAUAGAAAUGGAUGUUCAAGUGACAGCAAAAUGCACCUAG